AUGAUUAAAAGCAUAUUUGGUCUACCCAGAUCAUUCUCCACUAGUACAAGGCUUUUGAAUGGCAAGUCUCCAGUUUCAUUUGCCGGUAUUGCCAAAUCCGUGGAUUCUGCUAGUAAUCCCAUGUCAAAUGUUAUAGCACCUCAGGAUACCGGUAAAGAGUCGGCUUCUAAGGUUUCGAAGAAACGUGGCGAUCACACUGUGAAAUACAUACUAAACUGUCUCUUUUCAAAGAACAAUACGCAUUUUACGUUUUCUGCAGUGGUGGAGGAUCUAAACUACCUCAAGAACAACGCGGAAGCUAGUUACAACGAAAAGUUUCUAUACUAUCUGAAGCUGCCUCAAAAAGUGAGAUUUCGGCUCUCGACUGGUAACUUAGGGUUCCGCAAAGCUGCUCGUGGUGAAUACGAGGCUACCUUUCAAACAAGUGCCCGCUUAUUUCAAAUGAUUCAUCAAAAGAACCUACUGGAUAGAAACAUUGAAAUUGUUAUGAGAGACUUCGGGAAAGGCCGUGAAGCAUUUAUCUCGGCUCUAAAUGGUAAAGAAGGUACUGCGGUUCGCAGAAAUGUCGUCCGAGUAAGUGAUUCAACCCCCAUCAAAUUCGGUGGUGUCAGGGCACCAAGACAAAGACGUUUAUAA